AUGGUCAUGACAGCUCUGUGCAUCCUGCUGCAGCUCGCUGCCGUUGCGGCGUCGCGCGACCGGCUGCCCCCAUUUCAGCGACUGCAGGUCAGCUCCCCCAUGGUGGUGACCGUGAUCACAGACCCGACCCUGCACAAUGCCGAUCUCGAUGUUGCGGCAGACUCCACGGGCCUGGGCUGGACAGUCCAGUCACAGGUUCAGCCGAUGACCUUCGGAUCCACCCUGCUCCUGGGCAUGGACGACCGAGCCACCAGGCAACACUUUGCGUGGCCCGACGGGGCUCAGGUGGCUACCCUAAAGCUGCCAAUGCCGCUGCAAUCCGUCUCCGUCACUGGUGGCGCCCAAGUUCUGGUGGACAUUGUCACAGGGGACCUCGCAGCAGACGGCAAGAGCAACCUCACCGUGAAGAAGUUCCAGUCGCGUGCAAACGCCUCGCACCUGUUUCUUGCGGACGACGCGAACAUCACCGUCCGCUCGGGGAUCAUCGGCGAUGUUCUUGUGCAAGCCUGGCAUGAUGGCAAGGUGGACCUCAAAGGGACGGAGGUCUCUGGGAUGCUGAACAUGAGGGUCGAUCCGAGUUCCUCCGUGCUCAUCCUUCCCUCGGCCUCGGCGACACCGGCGCCAGCGGUCAACCUCACAAAUGCCACCAAGAACGUGAGCGCCGUGAGCAACGGCACCGCGCAGGCCCCCAAUGCGUCCAACGUGACGGUGGCACACAUCACCACGGCCCCUUCGCCGGAUGCGUCUGUGGUCAUCCCGUAG